GGAAGUAGUCUCAGUAGGGAGAGAAGCUGGAGGUCGAUGGACAUUUUCAUGUAUUGCAGCCUAGUGUUAUAAGGUCGGCUAUGUAAAUGUCAUAUGGAAUGUCUAAUUGUAUUGGAAGCUGUCUUUCAAAAUAAGCUUGGUCUGUGAUGUCAGGGGAGGACAUUAAAGUCACUGGUGGAUAAAGACGUCACACACUGUUCUAUAUUUUCCUGACCUAGGCUUAUGAAUGUCCCGAACACUGACAGCUAUGAGCGACAGCACAGUGACCAGUGGCCAGCAGCAGUGGUCGGGGCCCGGGCAGACGUCACAGCCUUUCCGGGGCCCCUAUAUCUCAGUCAUCACCAACAGGACUACCAACCUGGUGAUCCGAGGGGCCAUGCUGUUUACCGUGGGUGUCUUUCUGGCCCUGGUGCUGAACUUACUUCAGGUGCAGAGAAAUGUCACCCUCUUUCCACCCGAUGUCAUCAGCAGUAUCUUCUCUUCAGCCUGGUGGGUGCCGCCCUGCUGUGGUACAGCCUCAGCGAUGAUUGGGUUGUUGUACCCCUGUAUCGACAGCCGUCUGGGUGAGCCACACAAGUUCAAGCGGGAAUGGUCCAGUGUGAUGCGCUGCGUAGCUGUGUUUGUGGGUAUCAACCACGCAAGUGCUAAAGUGGACUUUGCCAACAACGUCCAGCUGUCUCUGACUCUGGCGGCGCUCUCCAUUGGUUUGUGGUGGACGUUUGACCGCUCCCGCAGCGGCUUUGGCCUGGGAAUCAGCAUCGCCGUGUUGGCAACACUGGCCACUCAACUCCUGGUUUAUAAUGGAGUCUUUCAGUAUACUUCUCCAGACUUCCUGUAUAUUCGCUCCUGGUUACCUUGCAUCUUCUUUGCGGGGGUUAUAACUAUGGGAAACAUAGGACGGCAGCUUGCCUUGUACGAGUACAAAUUCAUUCAGGAAAAGACCCAUCAGGACUGAGGGAUCUCUCCACCAGGCCUGUGCUCAGAAUGCCAUUGUCUUUGCACCACCUCAAAGCUAGAGGCUGGCUGCUGGAGAACAUCUGCAUGCAGCAUAGGCCAGGACUGGCUGGCCCCCGAAUGAGCCAGAUAGUCUUGUCAGUGAGACCUGAGCUCCUGAUUGGCUGCCUGGUGGUUUCCGCUGGACAAGACAGUAUUUUUGAUUGGCUCUUGUCAGGCCAUUCAGAGCUCGAGGUGGCUACUGCCCGGUGACAUUUUAACCUGAGCUGAAUUGAACAAUGAGCGCAGAGUUUGUUGUGUUUUUUUUUUUCUUCUUUGGUGCAGUUUAUCUCUUCUUACCUGCGGGGGGAUUAGUGGCGAAGCAUCUAUCGUUCUUCAGAUCAGCUCCAGUGUUUGAAGGCUUUGGCUCCUUUGUGCCAAACACAGUCACACAGGAGAUCAGUUUUAAAGCCUGCUCUUAUCUCCUGAGUCUUUCACAUCCUUCACGAAUCAGUGGGAAACACACAGCCAAGUUAACUUAUAUCUAAAAAGAUAUGCAUCUGUAUACCACACCUUCUAUUCGAUGAAAUUAGCUUAUAUCUACGGUGAGGUUUGAUAAAGGAAUGAUGAUGUGUACUGCACUGGCUGUGAGGACACAGGGUGUUUGAUGUUCACCUGUAGUGGAUCUCUGACAGCUACACCUGCCCUGUCUGUACAGUAUCAGAUAUGAAGGACAGUGCUUUCUUAUUGAAUAUGUAAAGCUCAGAGCGUUUUGGUUGAAAGUGAAUGGUACAGUUGGAAUAUACGCAGGCUUAGGAAAUUAAGGUCAUCCAUACAUGAACACAGUCUUGAAUAUUAAGCACAAUCAGACUUUUUUUUCUGAAAGAAUUACUUUGUUGUAGGACCAUUUAUGUAUUUGAUUAUUAGUCUUAAUUUCAGGGAACAAGAUUUAUCCAAAUACACAUCUUUAGCCUUUACAGCUUCCUGGUUAAAAAAUAAAAAAGGGCAACAAGUGGUGUUUGCUUUCCCCAGAGCAGCAGAAAUGCCAAAUUUCCCAACUAUUUUCUUCUUGACUGAAACUUGAUGGGUACCCUUUAUGAACCAUAGCUGUUGAAUACCUAAAAUAUAUGAUAGUGGGUAAUUGAGAUCAAUAGGUACAACUUAAAGUAGGACCAAAUAAAGCACCUUCGGUGUGUGUUAAGAUAGUUUGUAUGAUCCUAUGUAACUCACUGCGUUAUCUUAAUAUUUACAGAUUAGCAUUGAACUAACACAACGAACUGACAGUUUGUUAUAGACAAUUUGCAUUGUGUUUUCACUGGGUUACGUAUAGU